CGGUUCUUUGCAGACUGACGGGAUUUUAGCGGCGCACACCGGAGGAAACUGUCGAUCCUACUGUCACCGCCAAACCUCUGACUCAACUAACUUUUCUUACACUCUUCACCUCAACACUAAGACCCGGAUCCGCUCACAGCUGCUCACAUCUGCGGGAAUAUCUUACAUGUGUUGAAGAGAGAAGUCACAGAGCUCAGCUGAGAGGAAAGCCUUGAUUGCUAAUUUCGCUUUUUUGUUUUUGUUUUUGCUUUUUUGGGAAGGGGGGGACUGAACGGUAACAUCGUCAUGUCUUGCGGUGAUGCGUCGGAUCAGAGUCGGCGGUUCUGUGUGUUGUCUUGGGAUCAGGUGCAGCGCUUGGACUCCAUCCUGGGGGAGGCUGUCCCCAUCCACGGCCGAGGAAACUUCCCCACUCUGUCUGUGCAACCCCGCCAGAUUGUGCAGGUGGUGCGUGCGAGGCUGGAGGAAAGAGGCGUGUGUGUUAAGGACGUGAGGCUGAAUGGCUCGGCUGCCAGCCAUGUCCUCCACCAGGACACUGGACUGGGCUAUAAGGACCUGGACCUGAUCUUUGGUGUGUCACUGAAAGAUGAUCAGGCCUUCCGCCUGGUGAAGGACGUCGUGCUGGACUGCCUGUUUGACUUCUUGCCAGCCGGGGUCUCUAAGGAGCGCAUCUCGGCACUGACCCUCAAAGAGGCCUAUGUACAGAAACUAGUGAAAGUCUGUAAUGACACGGACCGCUGGAGCCUCAUCUCGCUGUCCAACAACACGGGCAAGAAUGUGGAGCUAAAAUUUGUGGACUCUUUACGGCGGCAGUUUGAAUUCAGCGUGGACUCCUUCCAGAUUUGCCUCGAUUCUCUUCUCUUAUUUGACCGCUGCUCAGAGACGCCCAUGUCUGAGAGCUUUCACCCCACUGUGAUCGGGGAGAGCGUGUACGGGGACUUCAAGGAGGCCAUUGACCACCUGUGUCAAAGGACCAUAGCUACCCGCAGCCCGGAAGAAAUCAGAGGAGGCGGCUUAUUGAAGUACUGCCACCUCCGGGUUCGAGGGUUCAGGCCCUCUUCGGAGGCAGACAUGAAGCAGAUGCAGCGCUACAUGUGCUCACGCUUCUUCAUUGACUUCUCUGACAUAGGAGAGCAGCAGAGGAAACUGGAGGCCUACCUGCAAAAUCACUUUGCUGGGAUGGAGCACAAACGGUACGAGUGCCUGAUGACUCUGCACCAAGUAGUGAACGAGAGCACCGUGUGUCUGAUGGGCCACGAGCGGCGCCAGACGCUCAGCCUCAUCUCCAUGCUGGCGCUGAAGGUGCUGGCUGAGCAGAACGCCAUCCCCACUGUAACAAAUGUCACGUGUUACUACCAGCCAGCUCCGUACGUGCAGGACAUCAACUUCAGUAAUUACUACAUUGCACACGUGCAGCCGCCGCAGGUUUCACCGUGCAGUAAUUCAUAUCAGACGUGGCUGCCCUGUAGCUGAAGUGGCUGUUAAGAGGGGCAGAGGUGGACGCGUCUCCAUCGCUCUGUAUCUUUCAAAGGAAGUGGACUGAAAAUACAAAAAAAAGAAACGUAUGUUUGCCAAAUGUGACUUGACUUAAACAAUCCUGUACUGCUGUACAUCUGAUUGAGCCGACAUGUUAAUUUUUCUCAUGUGUUUUGUCUUGCAAAACAUCUGUAAGAUUGCUGGUCAUUUCUGAGAUGUAGCGAUAAUAUCUUGUUUAAGUAUUAAAAAAAAAAAAAAGUCUAUAUGAAGCUUUAUAUAUGUCAAAAAUACAUUUUUGAAGAAACAAACUUUGAAGCUGGUGUUAUUUUCAUAAUUUUUGUAAUUUUUUUAAAAUUACAUACCGGACCAAAGAUGUAUUUGUUGUUCAGAAAGGGAAUGUUGUUAUGAUUCCAAGUGCCUAAAAUGAACCAUGAAAUGUUCUAAAAACAUCUGUAAAGUGAGAACUGUGCAUUCAGUGUCUUCUAGAUUACUCCGUCUCUCUUUUCAGGAACAGAAGCAUUCAUUUUUGUGAAAUUAAAAAAA